AUGUUAUAUAUAUGUCCCGCUAUACUUAGUUAUUUAUUAUCACUGAUCUCCGAGUUUCGACUAGAGAGAUGCGUCGUGGAUUACGAAGCGGGACUGUGGCAGGCCAUCAGGCACCGUUUCUCCAACGUGAAAAUCCAGGGAUGUGCCUUCCAUUGGACGCAGGCAGUAUUCAGGAAAGUCCAAGAGCUGGGGUUGAAGAAAGCAUACGAGGAGCGGAGCAAGGUCCACGAUUUCGUCAGCCAGGUAAUGUCACUCCAUUUCCUACCCAAGGAGCACAUCUUGGGAGCAUUCGACAGCCUGCGGGAACGGGCAACCUCCAAACCAAUCUUGGACCUGAUGAACUACAUCGAGAGGACGUGGAUGAGAAACAGGUUAAGAAAAAAAAAAACAGCAUAUAUGCAAUCCAAAGAAUUAAUGAAAUUCUUCCCGAUCAGCAAUUGGUGUGUGUUUAACACAGCUGUGAGAACCAACAAUGACGUCGAAGGUUGGCACCAUCGCCUGAACACCCGUGUGAACGUGAGGGGACCAGUCCCAUUUUAUCUGCUGUUCCGGGAAGCUGAGGCCAUCCCCAUGCAACUAAAAGUGGUGACAGAGGGGAAAUUGAAAAGACAUCAGAGGAAGCGGUCACGACAGGUAGAGACGCGUCUUCCGGAUGUGGAAGCGUUACCAGCAGGGGAGACUUACAGCAUCACAGCUACUACGGAAGGCCGCUUCCCUUGUUCUCUGAAGUGUAGUGACGAUGUGAAUAGUUUACGGGGAAGGGAACAGUCUUUAAUAGUAGCUAUAUUUAUGAAGUGUGGUUUAAUAUACGGGGAAGGGAAUUCUUAUACAGGGUAA